GAAGGUACCGUCAGUUCAUGUUUUAUUAGUAAGACUAGAGGUUUCAAUUUUGUUUUACUCUCAGGAGAAAUGAAGAGAGCAACAAUAGUUAUCGAUGGAAAAAAGGACAGCUUAGAGACUUGUAUUGCAUUCGUCAACAGUGUUGUCGCUGAGAACAGAUUUUUAACUUUGGAGUGCUGUCACGACGAAAGUGUAGAAUCUGAUCGAUAUUUUGAUUCUCCUGAUGACGAUAAUUUAAAUUAUAAAACCAACAGGAAUGGAUUUGGCAAGGGUCCACUUUGCAAAAGACCAUUUCUCUUUACUAAAGAUAAACCUUUCGUAUAUUAUGCUGGCCUAUGUACAGUUGUGAGGAAGAUGGUACAUCAUAUAUCGGAAUCAGAAACGGAAGAAUCGAAAGUUAUAAGUCUCCUGGGCUACCAAGAGACAUGCUUAAAGGGCUAUGCAGAGGUGAGCUCUUGGACUAAGUUCUGUGAGGUUGAGUUUCCAGGUGCUAUUAAAGAAUUGACAGUUGAUGACACAAGAAAGAAAGCUUGUCUUUUGCAUAUUCAAGAUGGAGAAAAUAGAAUUCCUCUUGUUUUACAAAUGCUGGAAAAAGAACUAAAAACACCAAAAAACUUACCAAAUAAGUCAAAGUAUACAAGAAAAGAUAAAUCAAAAUGGCUUGCAAAGAUUGUUUGUGAAUCUUUUGAAGGAAAAUUUCUUGAUAGCAGUAUUGAAAGCUAUGUUAGUGAGCUAUGUCAAAAAUUGGACAAAUGUGGAAACUGGAGCCCAUUUUUAAAUGGAUUUUUGGUAACAAUUGCCGAUAUAAUUACGUUAUCUAUGGUCUCACAGCUGGUUGUUAAACUUGCUGAUAUCUGCUGUCUUUGUAAUUUACCUGAGAAAAUACCAUCUGUUGUAUCUUGGAUCAAAAUGAUGUGCGUUAUUCCAAGUGCCCAUAAAUUGAUCGAAGAUACUUUGAGGGCAUUUGACGGUUGCUCAAAACGUAAUAAUGGAAUGGGACAUCCUAAAAUCUGUUGUUCAUGGCAACCUGUCGACCCAAGGAUCCAACCAGUUAGUCAAACAAAGCUUGAACAGAAAAGAGAGAAGAUUAGAGUUAAUCAUAAAAAUGAAAUACAAGAAACUUUGGAAAGGUUAGAAAAACAUGGUAUUUCAGUUGACGUUCUUCCGCUUUCUCAAGAAUCUCCCUCCGUUGACUGGGAAAUACAUCCUUCUUCAAUAAAUCCAUCUGCAGGUGAUUUGAAUGACAAGCGUGCACAGAGAAAACAGUCGCAGAUUGCAAAUAUGAUUUAUGCAGUUUCUCCUUUGUUGACAUCAGGGAGUAGAAUCGUUGACUUUUGUGCUGGCGGAGGCCAUGUUGGCAUUGUCGUUGCGUAUUUCUUCCCACAAUGUCAGGUCAUUCUCGUUGAAAACAAGGAACAAUCUGUUUAUAGAGCGAUCGCGAGGAUAGAAAACCUAAAACUAAAGAACAUAACAGUAUGCCACUCGAAUUUGGAUUAUUUUUGUGGAUCGUUUGACGUUGGAGUCAGCCUUCACGCAUGUGGACCAGCAACAGACCUGGUUCUGAAUUCUUGCUUAGAGCAAAGGGCCUCUUACGUGGUAUGUCCUUGUUGCUAUGGUAGCAUUGCUGCCGUCAACUCAUUGUCAUAUCCAAGGAGUAAGCUAUUUCAAGCGGCUGUUGACGUCACUCAAUACAUGGUGCUUACUCAUACUUCUGAUAUGACCACGUGGGAGGAGGAGUCGGAAAAAAGUCAGCUUGGGAUACAAAGCAUGGCCUUUGUAGACUUGGAUCGAUGUACAUUUAUGGAGGAAAGUGGCUAUCAGACUAGUUUGCGAAUAAUGGUACCAAGCAGAUGUUCCCCAAAGAAUCAUUUGCUCAUCGGUGUAGUCACAGCGCUGAACCUGUAGCUAUUAAGCAUCCUGUAAGAAUGUAUAAUUUCAGAUCUUAUCGGAUUAUUCUGGAUGGGUUUUUAACUGUCUGGGCUCUGAAUGUGUUUUGACUUUUCUAUGGCUGCGUGAAUUCAGCUUAACAGUUUUCUCGAUUAGGUGACCACCCUCGAAUAAGCGCCCCUUCGAAUUAGCGCUCCCUAACAAGUGAUUGGGUUAAUGAAAGCCUCGGGACGCUUAAUCGAGGAAAUUUGGUAGUAGAAAUUCUAAUAGCAAGCUGCUUAUUGCAUUUCAAAUUCUCAGGAUUAUUCAUUUUCAAAAGCUUUCUAACAUCAGGCUUCUUGGCACUCUCUUUUCUAAAGGACUUGUGCUCUUUAAGCAAUAUUAAGAUAUGUAUAGGGAUAUGUAGUUCAUGCCAACUACGAGCAAUGCAGUCAUUUAAAUGAAGUUGCUUUAGAACGUAAAUCAGAUAAAUUGUGUACGGAGCAAGUAUAAGUUUCAUUCAAAUUCAUCAAGAUCAAAUGCUCAUGAUGUUGCCACUGUGUGCUACGUGGCAGGAUACAAAAUUUUCAACAAAAACGAUUUUCAUUGUCUUAAAGUGGCUGUGUGGCGUAUCUUAUCAUGUUUAGAUCUAUCAUAACUGUUUUAUUCUAUUUUAUGUUAGUUUUUCUAUAAGUCUAGAUGCAUGGUCUCUUGUAAACCAGCAUUGCUGAAUGGGCUACCACGCUUAAAUAAUUGAAAAUGAAGGAAUGAAUGAAUGAAUGAAUGAGUGAAUGAAUGAAUGAAUGAAUGAAUGAAUGAAUGAAUGAAUGAAUGAAUGAAUGAAUGAAUGAAUGAGUGAAUGAAUGAAUGAAUGAAUGAAUGAAUGAAUGAAUGAAUGAAUGAAUGAAUGAAUGAAUGAAUGAAUGAAUGAAUGAAUGAAUGAAUGAAUGAAUGAAUGAAUGAAUGAAUGAAUGUCUUAUUGCUUGCGCAAGGAACUUGGCUUGAGAAAUUAUAGCAACUAUGUGCAUUGAGAAGUUAGAGCAUAAAUUUUUCCCGUUCUUAUACUAUUAUAUGCACGUUUUUAUCGUUUCAUCAAAAUCAAAUUAUCGCUAUUUAUUUUACAGAAGUUCAAAGUUUGAAAUUUUCCACGGACAGUCCGGUCGAUAGUUAAGUGAGAUUCCCGGUCUUUAAAGCCACCAACGCUUCUCUUUGAUUAUGCUGAUCACCUGUCAGGGUCUCUUUGAGUUAGCCAGACCAACUGUGUCUUUUCGUUGAUUUCAAUUGAAAAUGUGAACCCAAACGUUGUUCGCUGUCUCUUUAAAUGCGGCAAUCCAAUUCACAAGAAGAGUCAUAAUCAGUGCUACAUUUGUCAAAACAACUACUUUUGCAAGUACAUUGGCCAUCUACAUUUACCAUCUGUUGAACCUGAUUUGUCCUUGAGGACAACCCUCUCCGUAUAUAUCUGAAUAGCUCUCAAGUCCGUUCGUGCUGUAUAUACGCUAGCUCAUUUCUUUACUCUCUGGUAUCUUUUUACUUUCGAGUUAACUUUUAUUAUUUCUGUUUACAGUUUUUCUUUAAUAAAAAGACAAAAUAUUACAAAAGAUGAAAUUUAGUUGAAGAUUUUAGGAUUGAAUUAUGUAAAGGGAAGUCUUCCCCCUUUUUGCAUUACGAUUGCAUUUCCUUGAGUUAGAAAUGAGCACCUAAUUAUUCAAAAAAUCAGGAUGCUACGAAAAAAGGGAAUUAUGGCCCGAUAACUACCCACAUUUCUAAAUCCAAAAUAUUCGCGUGAAUUAUGCAUGACAAACUAAAAGCAUUCAUUUCAUUUUACCGUCCCUGUUAUUUCUCGCUUGGAAUAAAGCAUCGAACGUGCUCUUUUUAGAUCACUGUUUACUCCUAGCAUGUUUUUCGAUAGAAAUUGAUAAGUAGACGCAUCAUAAUAAACCUUCCAAAAGCCUUCGACUGCAUAGACCACGACCAGCACUAAGAAAUGAUUGCCUAUGGCUUCAGUUCUAGCCCGAAAAUUGAGUACCACAGGGAUCGGCACUAGGGCCCCUCACUUUCAAUGACUUUGUCAACAACCUAUUUUAUCAAGUUCAUGCUGCCCAACCUUGUAGUUAAUACAAGUUAUUGUUUUAUCGGUCUGUUAAAAAGCGAUCCAUGCCAUAUAGGCAGAGCUGUACACGCUUUUGUCUGGGAACUUCAACCUUAUAAAAUAGCACAGGAUAGUUUUAUGUUGCAUCGUCGAGAUUCUCGCUUCAAUAAUGUUAUCGUUAUGUAACUUUUCGAAGUCUAUAACUGUAAAUGAUAAGCUUCACGAAAUAUGAUUCAGGACAGUACAAUCAGAAUCUGAAACAAAAACAUUACUUUUAUAAUUUGACUACGAAUCUAAAUUCAGCCAUCAUGACAUUCAGAUCUGUUCGAAAUCAAAUCAAACUCUCUACGCCUUUGCAUUAGUGUCGAAUUAAAUGGGGCGGAUAAACCAAAAUGAUAAUAAACUCUUUUUCAAGCUUUUGUUCGCUAAUUUGGAUGUCUUUUGAUAUACCCACCUGUAACUGAAGUAAAAGAUUCAUGAGAUGGCUUUGAGCAUUGUUUACUGAUAAAGAGACUACUUUGACAAUCUUCUGUUCCAAGGUAACUCAAGCGUCAGUCAAUCAGAUGAAUCUGCAAUGGCAUAUGAGUGAGCUAUAUAAAGAAGAACAGUCUAAAUUCAUCAUCUUUCGUAAAGGAUAUUUUUAUCGAAACAAAAAUCCAGCUGCUCAUGCAAGCUUCUGGUCCAAGGGCAAUUACAGCUGCUCAUGUAAUCGAGGCCAUGCGUUGUAUUAGAAAUGGACUGUGACAAACGUUACAAAAGCUGAAUCUACCGGGGGAUGAUGUGUGUGUGACACUCAGCUUUGCAGAGUGAAAAGCUCUUACACCACCUCCAAGAAAUCCUGGAGUCACACCCUUGAACUCUUCUAAGCUUAAUCAAAAAGUCUCGCCCCUAAGAGCUUUUAGAAGUUAUAUGUCAUUGGAUAAAGAGACAAAUGCAAUUACAGUCUCCGUGAAAUUCGUAUUGCAAACCUUGAGUUUUCAAAAUUAGCCGGCAAACUGUUGGAAAGGUUUCAGAAGCGUUGUUAAUUAGUCGCUCCUGGUAGCCUGUAGCUGAUUCUAAUUAGCUGAACCUCUAUUACAUUUGUCAACUCUGAUAAAUUAUGCAUAACAGGGGAAAAAUUUGUCAGUCUAACUGAUGUUUAACUGACCAACUUAAAAUGAUGCCAAUCAAAUUCAAAAGUGAACUCUUCCAAGUUCUCUAUUCCCACAGACAAUUUAUCUUGCAUUUUCUCUAAAACUUAUUUCUUUUAUUGAUAUAAUGACAUUGAUGAUUCAUUUGAACAAACAUUUUCCUUUGCUCUAAUUUUAAUGUUUCGAUUUAGUAUUUUUUAGAGUUUAUUGUACGAUUGGCUUUUGCUUUCACAAGGAAAGUAAGAGAUAUGGCUGCAAAACUGUUCCAUGGAAGCAAAAAGAAUACUUGAAAGAUAAGAUGAAAAAGAUUUGGAACACUAAAUGUUUGAUAGCAAUUAAAGCGGCUGCACAUCAAGGUGAACUAUUAAUAAUAUAUAAAUGCACGAGAACGCUCUCGUCAAUCUUUAUGAUUUAUUGUUGUUCUCGUGAACAGCUUAAUGCCAGCGACACAUGGAAGACAACGGGACUUUAUUCUUUUCGUGAUAUUUCUUCAACCGUAAACGAACAAAGUAACUUUUUUCAUUUAACUCGGGUAUAUAAAUAAAUAUAGAUAGAACCGCUUCUAGGUAGAACCGGUGCAUCAGCUUAUAAUGGUGGAUGGGAUAUUGGCUUUCCUGUCUAAUUUAUUGCCAAGAGUCAAUCGAUUGGGAGCUACUUUCAUACCCUAACAUCGUAAGAUUUUAGAACGAUUUACUUAGCUCGCGUAUUCUACCUCACGUGCAACAACGGCCUGUGGGAAGUGCGUAUAACCUUGAUGUGGGUGCGAACCAGUAUUGCUUUUCAGUUUUUCAUUAAGCGAUUUGACCAGAAUUCCCAGAUAUAUCCCAGCGGGGCAUAUGACUAGGGAAAUAGGAGACGUGUUUGGGAAACUCCUGCACACCUAAACCUUAAGCCAAAAGUAUACCCUUGUCCCAUUAUAUUUGCUGCUCGAAAGCAUAAUCAGAAUAUGAUCUUUUAAGGAAUGGUCUAAAAAAAGAGUGAGCUGUUUUCAUAUUUAUUUUUUGCACCUAAUCACUCUGUCUCGUUAAAUUUCCUUUACUUUGAUACGCUACCCCAAAAUAAUUGUCGGAAGAAAUAAAAGGCCGACUCUUUCUUUUGAUUACAGUAAUAUAUCUUGUAUUGGAAGCAUCUGUCCUGCCUCAGUAUUUUGCUAUCAUCGUGCAUCUCGCUUUCUUUAAGUUGCCCACUAUUGACUGUUACUAAAAGAAAGAUGCCAGAUGUGGAGAUAGACUGCUGCUAUUGCAAGAUAACUGGUCUACUGAUUCUCUGCUUCCUUCAGGUUGUAGUUCGAUUUCAGGGUUUUAAGGCAUUUCAAGUUAAGAAUAUUUUUCUGCAAUGAUCCCAGCUCCUUACAUGCUGUCAGAAUCAUAAUACCUUACUUAAUGGUACGCAAAAAAGUUGAAAAAAGUCUCGCUUCAAUCUGCAACAUAAGAAUGGUAAGAAUUGAAAACCUUGAAUAAAUAAUCCAACUUGUCAAUCGAAAUUUACCAGCAGAAAUUGAAUUAAUUUGGCAAGUAAAUCAAAAAAGCAGAAAAAGAGAGUUAAAGUUUAACUAGACAUUGUUCUUCCAUAAAAAGCUGCAAAAUAAUGUAUUUCAAUAUUCUUCUUCAACGAGCAGGAGUGUAUGAUCUUAUAAUUCCCUUUCCUGUACCUUAGAAGCCCAAAAUAAAAAACCUAAAAUUUUUGUUAUGUGGGACAAGUUGAUUCUUAUACAGAACAAUUCAGCAUUGUUACUUCUCAAAUAUCUUGCAUCGUCCUCUUGCAAUUGCUAAAUUGCAAUUAAAACUAUAUUACAUUGUCAAAAUAAACGCUCUCAUGAAAGACUAUUGGUAAUAAUAAUAAUAAUCUACAUUUAUGUACUAUAAGAAACUUGGUCAGCUUGCUCAGAAGCUGCCACCAGUCAAGAUCCUGUUAAAUUUAAAGUUAUAAAGAAAAUAAAAAGAUGUCAAAUUACAAUAUCAAAUUAAAAAAUAUCUAAAAAUUACAUAUUUAAAGGUUUAAAUUCACUGUCAAGUUGAUUGUAUUGUCUCUUGAAAUAUAUUAUAGACUGUACUUGUUUCAACGUAUCAGGUAGUUUGUCAUGUAGUUUUGAUCCCUGAAACAGGAAUGUCUUUCUACCCGCUUCUGUGCAUACUUUUGGGAGCAGGAGAUUGGUGUUAUUUCCACGGGUUUCCUUCUGACGCACAAUUUUCUUGAAAUAAUCUUUGAACAUUCGAGGUGCCAGUCCAUUUUGGCAUUUAAACCCCUUAACUAGGCAUUACGUAUUUCUCGCAUGGUGCACAGUUGGUAGUUCCACUCCUUGGCUCUUUCCAUUGAUGAUAGCUAAGACUCGAUUUCGGAUUCCUUCAAACUGUGAUUUGUGUGUAAUUGACAUACUGAGCAUGCUAUUGCUGCAGUAUAACAUCUGUGGCAAAGUCAUCACUCUGUAAAUCGUUUCUGCUACCCAUGGGCUGAUAUUAUGUCGUAUACGGGCAAGCAAUUUUUUUAUUGACAAGACUUUCUUGCAGGUCUUUUCAAGAUGCACUUUCAUUGUCAAAUUUUUGUCCAUGGUAACACCUAGAUAUUCUUUUCAUCUUCUUUAUGACCACUAAUACCUCACGGGAGCUGGUAGCUAUAAAUUAAAAACAGUUAUUAUUUUGGUUCGUCUUUCGUUGCAGCUCUGAGUGGUCUUGAGCUUUCCAUACGAUGUCUGAUCGGGACAGAAUCUUGCCUUGUAGAUUCUUUUCGAUAGCAGUAAAAAAUUGGCAGAAUUCAUUUGCGAUUGUUCUUUUAUCAUCUAUUUACUUAUUAUUUACGCAAGCGCAAAAUCAUACUCUUCCGUGCGAGAAUUGGAAUGAGGAAUAAAAAAUUAGAAUUUUUUGGAAAAUUCUGUGGCAAAUAUGCGUUUUGAGUGGCAUGGUGAAUAUGGAUUUGUGUUUUAAGUUAGUGUCAAAGAUUUGAGGUCUUCUUGGCUUGAUUUUCAUUGAAACGGUCAUUUAAAAGACUCUCUCACCUUCAGAUGGAGUGAAUUAUUGAGCUUUAAAAGAUUUUGCUGGAAUUUUUAGAGUUACAGGCUUCCACAGGGUGUCAACCAUUCACAAUUCAAAACUUGCCUCGACUUUUUUUUUUCUUUCUUUUUUUAUUUUAAGUUGGUACAAUUUCUAGCUAUGCAUACAGGCUAAUUAAAACCAACUAACGACUUGAAGCGACUUGAAGAAAGGCUGAAUCACGCUUAUGUUGUCACCACUUGUAUCACUGAAAAAGGGAAACCGGUUGUCUUUGUGCGUUAUCAGACAUGCUUCUGAUGAAUUAUUGAUAUUCUAAAAUAUUUAUCUUUGACAAGGAUUCCGAUGGCUAAUUCAAGGCAAGGCGCUAGCAACACACAUUUGCAGAAGUGAUGGGGACAGCGGAACAAGAUUCAAAACACGAAGAAAGAAAAUUUAAGGCAUAAAUUUAGUGUGAGCCAGAAGAAAAGUGGGAUUAUAAAAUACAUCAUCGUUAACGUUGGAGCUAAUUCUUGCGAGUACAUUUCCCAAGGGUAUGUAUUUUUUGAUAGCCUUCACCUGCCGUGUGUUUGAAAAAUAUUUAUUUAACUCACGAAGUGAACACACAUAAGUGAAAUUUCACUAAUCGAUUCUCUGAAACAAUGCUUUAUAUGCAGUAUGGUGGUUUUUCAUAUUUCCAUAAAAAAUUCGUCUUCAAAGAUUCAUAGUUGGAAUGUAGCGAAGCCUUCAAACCAGCUGAGUUUUUACUGACCAUAGAAGGCAAGCAGAAAGGAGUUUCCAAUAAACCAUCCAGAUAGGAAUUCAUCAUAGUUAGAGGAUGUAGCCUUUGCAGAGAUUUUUGGAUUUGACCUUGUCAAUGUCUAUUCCAAGGUGCUGCUGUAGUUACUACGCUUAGGUGUUCAGUGGAUCCCUUUAAACUUCAAAUCAGGUUAAACUGGCUCUUUAAAAUUUUCUGAAUGGUAAUUCACAGCUACCUGUUUCCAGCUGUAAACGUCUUCACGUAAGUUUUGAUUGAAAAUGAGUGCCCGAUAAUACCUAGAGGAAUUAGAGCCAUAAGUAAUAAGUAAACAUUCCUGAGCUAUCACGAGGAAAGGUGUAGAAUAUGUUUAUCUUAUUAAAAUCGCUAGGUAUUUCUUGGACUGUUAAAUGGCAUGAAGACUGAAAAAGCUGGAAAACAUCAUUUCAAAAUGACAUGCUGUUUUCCAGCUUUUUCAGUCUCAUGCUUACGCUCGUUUCGUCACACACUCAUAUUGCCGUAUGGAUGUUGAAUAUUGAGAAAAAAGAUACCUGUUUUCUGUUUAAAGUAACAUGCUUUCGUGCCAAAUAGUUGCUUGAUGAUGGCAUUAUGUGUGAAACAUUAUCCGUCCUGUUCUGAAUACCUUAACUUAACGUGUAGAGCCCUGUCCAUACGAUAUUUUGCAAUUUACAUCAGAAAAACUAAAACUUGUGUCUAACAAGUGUUCGUAAUCUGUCACUGGCGCCAAAUAGCCAUGGACCUUACGAUUUCUCACUAGCAGUAAAAUGGUACACAAGGGUAAAAGAUUUCCCAUAUUCUUCGUAGAUCAGGUGAAGAAAGAUAGGCCCAAGUUUGAUGUUUGUGAAGAAUGAGGAAAGAAAAUUGUACGUUUCUCAAGUAAUGUGAAAUAUUCAUAAUAUCAGUGACCAGCAUUUAAGUCUUUACUACCGCAAAGCAUUAACAAGAAAUGAGAUCAGUGCUAUCUUUGCCAGUAGAGACUCGGGUGUUGAAGAUAGAUUAUAUAAUUUCCCGUUGCUCUACGAAAGCAAAAGAUUCAUCGGUGCAAAACUGUAAACAGUGUGAAAGUUUGCUAAGUGGAAGCCUUGUGCUAUGGAACAAAGGAACGGACCAUAUAUGGUAUGCAGGUGUAAUAUAAAACAUCUGUAGAACACUUUUAAGGCUGCGUGCAGAAUCACAAAAUGACCAUAUAUCAGCUGUCAUCCUUUAUUUCCAUAAUUUUUUCAUUAAUAAAAGACGUUUAUGACAUUUUAAAAGCUUGCAGAAUGACAAAGAGCCACUUUUUCGAGUCAAAGGUUCUGUUGAUGUUUACUUGAUUUCAUGCUUCGUGUAUUUUAGUUUUAAUGAUCCGGGAUAUAAAUGUCUGUACGGGGGAUUCAUUCAUAGUUCGAAAAUAUGAAGUGACAAUUAUGAUCCGAGACGAUAUCUGAAAUCACCGCAAGCUUCCAUGUUAACGGAAUCACAAGAGUUUAGUUUAUGAUGUUAUGAUCAUAGCUUUUUUAGUUAAUAUGAGAUUAAGAAGCCUGGACCACUGUUAAUGUUGUAAAUCUCCUGACCUUAGGCUCAUUCUCAGUGGUUGAAGGAAGGAAGACCACUUCUUUAGAUUUUGGGAGAGACUUAAAAAUCCAAGGAUGAAACUCCUAUGCGCUGGGAAGUGCCUUUAUGAUUACAAACUUCGAUGUUUUCUAUAUAAAGAGGAUGGAGAAAACAUGAAGACAUAUUUUUCGUUUAGGAUAAAACAUUUAUCCCCUUUUAGUUAGGAAGGAACGACUUUAUGUUUUCAAUUCGACAAUCCCCGACUUUAGCUAUAAAUAGAAAAAAAUCUCGAAAAUCUGAUAACGCACACCACAUCGAUGAAACCACAUGCGUCAAAUCCAUUAGCAAAUGCAAUUUUGAAUACUUUGCAGCAAUAUUUCGUCUUUGAAUAAGAAGUCGAUAAAGUUACGAAAGCAAGCGUUGACCAAUCUCUGACACAAAUAUCCUCAAAAAUAACAUCAAAAAUAGAAAGCAUUUUGUCCACGUAUCCCUUUUCUACUUUUCGGACUUGCCAAAACAUGAAACAUCUUAAUCGGUACUACACCGUUUGUUACCCUACUC